AGUGCUGGACCUGCGGCGACGCCCGCUGCAGCAUGACCGAGUUCUACGGAGGCGUCGAGGGUGGGGGCACACAGUCCAAGGUACUUUUACUCUCGGAGAAUGGACAAAUCCUGGCAGAGGCGGAUGGACUCGGCACAAACCAUUGGUUGAUCGGGGUGGACAAGUGUGUGGAGAGGAUCAACGACAUGGUGAGCAAGGCCAAAGAGAAAGCAGGGGUGGAUCCUUUGGUACCGCUACAGAGCUUGGGCCUGUCCUUGAGUGGUGGGGAGCAGCAAGAGGCAGUGAGGAUACUAACCCAGGCGCUGAAGGACAGAUUUCCCUCCCUGAGUAAAAGCUACUUCGUGACGAGUGACGCCGCCGGCUCCAUUGCCACAGCCACGCCCGACGGUGGCAUCGUGCUCAUCUCUGGGACCGGCUCCAGCUGCCGGCUGGUCAACCCCGACGGCUCCGAGAGUGGCUGCGGCGGCUGGGGCCACAUGAUGGGGGACGAGGGCUCAGCCUACUGGAUCGCACACCAGGCCGUGAAGACUGUGUUCGACUCCAUCGACAACUUGGAGGCGACUCCUUAUGACAUUCACUACGUCAAACAGGCCAUGUUCGCCUAUUUCCAGGUGCCUGAUCGCCUGGGAAUCCUCACUCACUUGUACAGGGACUUUGAUAAAAGCAGGUUCGCUGGGUUUUGCCAGAAAAUUGCAGAAGGUGCUGAGCAGGGAGAUGCCCUCUCCCGCUGCAUCUUCUGGAAGGCUGGGCAGAUGCUGGGCAAACACAUUGUGGCCGUGUUGCCCGAGAUUGACCCGGUCUUAUUCCAAGGAGAGCUGGGCCUCCCCAUCCUGUGUGUGGGCUCCGUGUGGAAAAGUUGGGAGUUGCUGAAGGAAGGUUUCCUGUCAGCGCUGAUGCAGGGCAGAGAGAGCCAGGCCCAGAAUUCCUUCUCUAGCUUUACACUGAUGAAGCUAUGCCACUCAUCUGCCCUGGGCAGCGCCAGUCUCGGUGCCAAGCACAUCGGGCACCGCCUCCCCCUGGACUACAAGGUCAAUGCCACUGCCUUCUACUCUUACACUUUCUCCUAGGGGCUGGCCCUGGCCCCCCUGCCCACUCCCUCCAAGU